AUGAUGAUGAUGUUGCAUCGACGUCUAGCGCGGCAGCGAUUGUGGACAGCGACCCGCGCCACGUCAAGUAGCAGCGGCCAAAGCAGUCAACGGAUGAGUAUUGACAGUCUACUGGGUUCCAAUCUUCGAGCGACAGCAAAGGAAAUGUCAGCAGAAAUACUGCCGGCUCUUAAAGUACUGUCGGAAAGUAUCGGAUUGCUACGUGGGAGUCCGGCGCUUCGCAGCUGGAACGCCUCGGAUUGGCUCGUGGGUCUGUCGGUGCUCGCCCAGUACAAGACGAAGCAGCGGGAGACGGGACGGCACAAUGAAGGGAUCGCGACGAAACCAGUGGUGGUCGAGCAGGUGCUCCUGGCCAAGUUACUGCGCUACGUUCGCGUGUGCGACGCCGUGUACGCGUCUUCUAUUGACGCUUUUUGUGAGGAAGCUGCCGUGUCACGGGAGUGUGUGGUGCGGGCACAUCCGGGAGGUGUUGUAUCACCCAAGUGUGUGAUUCUAGUUGACCACGACCACAAGGAGCUCGUGCUUGUCGCGCGUGGCACAGCUUCGCUGCUGGACUUUUGCACUGAUCUGUGCCUAUACAAUGAGCCUUUUCAGCAUGGACAGGGCCACCGUGGCAUGGUGCAUGCAGCAACGUGGCUCGUGCACCAUUUACGCAAUGAUCUACGGGAGCUGUCGGAUAAGUAUCCGGACUAUCGCGUGGUAGCAACGGGUCAUAGCCUAGGAGCAGCAGUGGCAGCACUCAGUACUAUGCAGUUGCGAGAAGAGUUCCCGGACAUUCAUUGCUUUGCAUUUGGCACGCCAGCCUGUGUAACGCAGGAGCUAGCGGCUGGCACGUACGACUUUGUGACGACGGUAGUGAACGGGUAUGACUGUGUGCCGCGUUUGCACCAACACUCACUGAUGAAGUUGCAAGAGGAGAUUCGACGCUUCGAUUGGCGAUCAGUAUUGAAGCGGAUGGUGGCGGAGAAAAUCCACGAACAGAAGGCUGCAGUGGAGAAGCAGCAGCGAGAAAAGAUUGCGGAACUGCAUCAAGCGUUGCGAACGAUGGACUUUCUGCAGCUAAAGGAGCGUACAACUAAUGCUACAACCAACCUGGCCAAAGUGAAAAAGGCUGCGUCUGAGAACAUGUCGAAGUUUGCACACGAUGUCGAUACGUUAUUAUCUGACAAGCUGGGUGCCACCUUCUCCAUUUUCAAGACGGACAGACAUUUGUUAGACCAUGUCUCGUUCAUCAAGAACUACAUGAAACUGGAGGAUCUUACGAAAGGUGAUUCCACGUGGUGGAAAUACGUCGAUGAGAGUGUUGCUGCUGUGGAACGGCUAUUGCCAGCAAUCAAGAAGCCCGAGGAGCUUGAGCGCGUGUUGGUGGAAAUGAGAGAAAUACUUCAAAAGACAUCUGCAGUCUCAGGAAAGCUCUUGAAGGUCAAUGAUAACCACGAUAACGCGAUGGAGUCCUCCUAUGUGCAGAGUUUUCAUUCUCGAGUCAAUGGUAUUAUUGACGCGACGCGUGCGUCGCUCAAGACAAGUGUGGGCGAGCAAGUGUAUAAGGUGUCUAGUGCUGUAACUUCAAAUGUUAAGCACUACGUGGGCGCGAUCAAAGACGAAACGGAAGCAUUAGGAACAGUUGUUCAGGACGAGUUUGUUGAAGUGGCUGGUACGAUUUCUCGUAAUCUACCGUUCACCAUGAGAUCGGAGAGUGAGAGCACCUUGGUCGAUCAGUCACCUGAACAAUGCACGAAGAAUCGCGUUGAUGGCGAAAUGCUCGCUGAUGCUGAUCCUUCAGAAUGGAUUGAAGGUGAAUCAAUCAAAGAGAUUGAGCAGGAAUGGAAGGAGCUCCAGGCGAACCAAAGGAAGUGGGAACAGGACAAUGAGCUCUGCCAUGAUCCGUUGUUUCCUCCUGGGCGAAUCCUUUAUUUAAACAGCAUGGCCACCAGACCUCCGCAGGAUAGUAGUGAAGACGGUUGCAGCGCUAAGAACGACCACGAAGUCUCAGAUGUGGCAGAGUUUGUGGAGGUUGCUAUGGACGAAUUUAGUCGAGUGGUGCUCUCGAAUCGCAUGCUGCUCGAUCACCUCUGCACAGACUACGAACGGGUUCUUCAGCGUCAAGCUGAAAAGCUCGAGUCCGCGCCGCACACUACAUCAUCGCCUUAG